GGGAAGAAGCAGGACACCUGGUUCAUUGUGGACCCCAAGUCAGGAGAGAAGCAGACCACUCUCUCAACAGAGGCCUGGGACGGUGUGUGCCCGUCAAGUCCUCUGCUCUACAUCGGCCGUACCCAGUACGUCAUCACCAUGUACGACACCAAGUCGCGGGAGCUGCGCUGGAAUGCCACCUUCUCCGACUACUCGGCACCGCUCUGCGAGGAGUCCUGUCACUACAAAAUGGCACACUUCGCCUCGAGCGGGGACGGGCUGGUGGUAACGCUAGACAAGGAGAGCGGGGAGGUCCUGUGGGCACAGAACUAUGGCUCGCCCGUGGUCGGCAUCUACGUGUGGCACCAGGACAGCCUCCGCCGCGUCCCCCACCUCAACCUGGCCAUGGAGACCCUCCGCUACCUGACCUUCCACUCGCAGGACAUCCACGUCCUCAAGUGGAGCUACCAGUCCGCGAAGGACUUCACCACCACCAAGACCCAGCUGCUGCCAGCGCUCUACGUGGGCAAGUAUGCGGCCAGCUUCUACGCCUUGACUUCCCUGGUCCACGGCAGCGUGGCUCUGGUGCCGCAGGGCAUCACGCUGGCCAGGAUCGAUGGUCCCACCACGGAUGACGUGACCAUGAGAGAGUCAGGGGAGUGUGAGAUCACGCCCAGCACCGACGUCAAGUACCCACAGGACAGCAUCACCUCGCUCCACAACCAGUGGCUCCUCAUAGGGCACCAUGAGCUGCCUCCCGUGGUCCACACUACGAUGCUGCGAGCCUUCCCGGAGAACCUGAGGAAGGCAACAGAAACCAUCAUCCCUAGGGCUCCUCCUGCCAGGACAAUGUUUGACGAUGUGAGUGGCGAAGCUCUGCUGGGUCCCAGCUCUGCACUGGGGGCACCUCGGGCAGCGCUGGGUCACUGAAGGCCGGACCCCACGCCGAGGGAGCAGGCGGAGGUCUACCCCGAGGCUGGCACCUGGGACCUGGUGAUGGCUGGCGUCGGCACGGCUCUGCUGGGCGGGGGAGUCCUGUUCCUCCUGCUCACGGUGAGUGGGCUGAGCUGGGGAAGUGCGUGGCAGCUCUCACAGAGCUCCGGCCCCUCGGCCCCCCUGAAGGACCUGGCUAACGGGAUGGUGAGCCCGGCUCCAGCUGUCCUGGCAGCUGCUGAAGAUGCAGAACCAGAUGCGAUUGUAGUUGGGAAAAUUUCCUUUAACCCCAAGGAUGUGCUGGGCCACGGAGCUGGAGGAACCUUUGUCUUCAGGGGACAGUUUGAUGGCCGGAACGUGGCCGUGAAGCGUCUCCUGCCCGAGUGUUUCCAUCUCGUGGACCGCGAGGUCCAGCUGCUCCGGGAGUCGGACGAGCACCCCCACGUCGUCCGCUACUUCUGCACCGAGAAGGACAAGCAGUUCCACUACAUCGCCAUCGAGCUCUGCUCCGCCACGCUGCAGGAGUACGUGGAAAGCCCCAGCUUCGAUCGUCGCAGCCUGGACCCGGUGUCUCUGCUGCGUCAGACCAUGUCGGGGCUGGCCCACCUCCACUCCCUCAGCAUCGUCCAUCGUGACCUGAAGCCCUGUAACAUCCUCAUCUCUGUCCCCAAUCGCCACGGGCAGAUCCGAGCCGUCAUCUCUGACUUUGGUCUCUGCAAGAAGCUUCAGGGGGGACGACAGAGCUUCAGCCUCCGCUCCGGCAUCCCUGGCACCGAGGGCUGGAUCGCGCCCGAGGUGCUGCAGGAGGCCCCGAAGGAGAACCCCACCUGUGCUGUCGACAUCUUCUCAGCCGGCUGCAUCUUCUACUACGUGGUGUCUGGAGGACAGCACCCGUUUGGGGACAGCUUGCGGCGACAGGCCAACAUCUUGUCGGGCUCUUACCAGCUGAGCUGCCUGCAGGACGAAGCUCAUGACAAGCUUGUUGCGAGAGAGCUGAUUGUGGCAAUGAUCAGCCCCGAGCCCCAGCGCCGACCCUCGGCCCCUGUGGUCCUUGUGCAUCCCUUUUUCUGGAGUCAGGAGAAGCAGCUGCAGUUCUUCCAGGACGUCAGCGACCGCAUCGAGAAGGAGCCUACUGAGGGUCCCAUCGUCUCAGCCCUGGAGGCGAGGGGACGGUCAGUGGUGAGGACCAACUGGAGGAUGCACAUCUCCCUCCCGCUGCAGACCGACCUGAGGAAGUUCCGCACCUACAAGGGGGGCUCG